AAAAUGCCACAAUUUUCUCAUCGACCGAGGAAAAAAAAGAAAACCAGGAACUUCGUCCGUUUGUUUUCAUGGAGAUCAAACAGCCAUUACAUGCUUCUUAGAUCUCCAUCGCCUCUGUUUCUUUCUUUUUAUCUAAGUAUCUGUUUUUUUUUUUUUUUUUGGUUUAAUUACCCUUUAUCUCUCUAAUUUUAUUGGAAGAAUAAGAAGCUUGAGAUCCUGAAAACUUUCUACUUUUGGCUGUUCGGGAGGGAAACUCAGAAUCCAGUUUUGCCUGAUUCUAGAACGGCACCCCCACACGUUCAAGAUCUGGUGUUUCAUCAAUGCCCAAUGCAGUCUCAAGGAGUUUCCCCACUGCGCCAAAUCUUUCACAACGUGGGGAUCUCAUAGCUUCAUUAGAAUCAGAUCUAGGGUUCUUGUAGAUAUAUCAAAUCGGCCCCUAAUGGGUGUUUGAUCUAGAAAGCGCAGGCCUUUGAUUGAUAUUUCUCACGAAGUCGCAAACAUGUUCAAGCAAUUCCUUAGUAAACUCCCACGGGGCAACAAGUCUUCGUCGAAGGCCGACUCGGUCGAUUCGCCCCGCUCCGACACUACCCGAUCCUCGCGAUCGAACGGCGGGGGCGCCUCGGGCGGCACGUCGAAGCGAACGGCGGUGUUUCCGGCGAGUGUGGUGGCCGGAAUCGAGCCGCUGGUGGCGUUCCGGGAUGUGCCGAGCGGCGAGAGAAUGGGGCUCUUCGUGAGCAAGGUCAGCCUCUGCUGCAUGACCUUCGACUUCUACGACCCGGCCAAGAACCCGGUCGAAAAGGACGUGAAGCGCCAAACCCUAAUCGAGCUCGUCGACUUUGUGGCCUCGUGCGGGCCGUCGAUCCGGUUCACCGAGGCGGCGAUCCACGCCACGUGUCGUAUGUGCGUGGCCAAUCUCUUCCGGGUCUUCCCGCCGAGCUACCGAUCCGGGUCGGGCGGGGCGGGCGAGAACGACGAGGACGAGCCGGUGUUCGACCCGGCAUGGCCUCAUUUGCAUUUGGUCUACGAUUUGUUGCUUAGGUUCGUCAACUCCUCGAGCGUCGACGCCAAGGUAGCGAAGAAAUACGUAGACCAUUCGUUUAUACUGAGAUUGCUAGAGCUCUUUGAUUCGGAGGACCCCAGAGAGCGAGAGUGCUUGAAAACGAUUCUGCACAGAAUUUAUGGGAAAUUUAUGGUUCACAGACCUUUUAUUCGCAAGGCAAUCAACAAUGUUUUCUAUAGGUUUGUUUUUGAGACGGAGAGGCACAACGGGAUUGCCGAGCUGUUGGAGAUAUUUGGGAGCAUAAUUAGUGGGUUUGCUUUGCCUUUGAAAGAGGAGCACAAGAUUUUCUUGUGGAGGGUGUUGGUUCCAUUGCACAAGCCCAAGUCUGUGGGGAUUUACUUUCAGCAGUUGUCUUACUGUGUAUCGCAGUUUGUGGAGAAGGAGCCCAAGUUGAUGGCGACGGUGAUAAGGGGGUUGUUGAAGUACUGGCCCGUGACGAAUAGCCAGAAGGAGGUGAUGUUUUUGGGGGAGAUAGAGGAGAUUUUGGAGGCGAUUAACAUGGUGGAGUUCCAGAAGGUCAUGUUCCCGUUGUUCUGGCGGAUUGGAUGCUGCAUUAAUAGUUUUCACUUUCAGGUAGCUGAAAGGGCCCUUUUCUUAUGGAAUAACGACCACAUUGUCAACUUGAUUGCACAUAACCGCGAGGUGAUUCUUCCCAUCAUAUUUCCAGCCUUAGAAAGGAAUGCCCAGAGCCACUGGAACCAAUCAGUGGUCAACUUAAGUGUAAAUGUUAAAAAGAUGUUAAUGGAGAUGGAUGACGAGCUUUUCAUGUCCUGUGAUGUUCAUUUUAAGGAGGAAGAAGCAAAGCUAAGCCUGGCGGCUGAGAAACGGAAGGAAGCAUGGGAGCAAUUAGAGAAUGCAGCCAGUCUCCAGCCGAUAAUUGGAAAUACUGCUGUUCUGGUAGCUCCUUUAGCAACCUCAAUUGCCUGUUAAGUGCCAUUACUAAUUAAUUGAUUGUGCCAAGCUUUUCUUUCUUCUCUUUUCCUGUUUUUUAUGGUGGUGGGAAACCAGAAGAAGUGGGCACUUAACAGAUGAAAUGUACUAAAAUGGCUGUUGUUUGGAGGGUGGGAAAUUAUUUUUGGAUUGUCCUCUCACAGCCACUUGUAACUUUGUGUUGAUCCUGUAUUUUCCAUUGCUACCGUGUGGAAAUGUUAAUUGCUUCCUUGAAAAAGUAAUGGGAAGGGCCAUGCAGUGGGACUAAAAUCUUCUGUACCAGCCAAUGGCUGAUCAA